GCUAAGAGCCAACACCCACAGAGCACAAACGACACCGACAGGCCUCAAAGUUUGCAAGGGUCCAAGGAAAAACUGGAAGGUUGAUGAACCAACGACCUUUUAUUGCCAGCCCCCCUCUCAUCAGACACUGCGGUCAUUAGGACGAACUACUUUGCUUUCGGCGGAAAGUUUCGACAGCUAUAUAGAGCCCUAACCUCGCCAUCCGCUAACCCUAUUGCAUUUCGACUUCCUUUCGCCAUACUUACCACGACCAUUUGCGGAAUUCAGUUUUCGUGGGAAACUCAGCAGAAUGACCGAACGACAACAGUACCCGUGCAUUCUCAAGAGCGGACACUUACAGCUCAAGCGCUCGCCCCUUGCGCCUUCGAAGAAGUAUGUCGUUCUGUGCGCCCCUUUGACCGUGGAGGACAUGCACCUGGUGCUCUCCUCUGUUUUCAAGAUCAACCCUACCAAGGGAAUGGACGCUAAAGGCAUGUUUUGCUUGGGCCAUAUCGCUUGCGCGGCCGUUAAGGGCACCCCGUUGCUUAUCGUACUGGACUCCAAAACGGCAACCGCUUCCCCAACUUUCGUACAGUUCUCCGACAUUCAGUCGAUCUCCGACGAGACCCAGCUCCGAUCUGCCUGUAACUUUGCCAUUCACUGCAAUGUCAAGCCCUACGACUACCGCUUCAGCUGCUCUUCCUCGACGGACUAUCAGGAGUGGAACCUGGCGUUUGGUCGCGCUAUGCAGAUUCUCACGGACCGCACUAUGGGUGGGAUGGCCGACGGCGAAGGGUCGCCAUUGAACGGUUCUUUUCACUUUGAGCAGGCGCAGGCGCCGGCUCGUUACUCGUACGAAGAAGACAUCAACCGUCACUCUUCUCCUGUACCUCCCAACAACUUUGGCACCAGCCCGUCCAACGAGUGGGCAUCUUCACCGCCGUCUGUCGCUUCCUCUUCGACACAGCAGCGGAAGGCCAAGGUGCUUCCGGAUUACAUUGCUCCUCCUCCCACCAUGUCUAGGACUUAUACCCUUACUCCCUCCGCCCAAUCGCCUGACGGGUCCUCCUCUGACUCGCCUCGGGCGUGAAGAUUGAGUUUUCAUAUGAGCUUAUUCGCCUUUUCCUUGUCCAUGGCUUACUCUGCUAUAUUUGCCCACAAGAUUUGUCGCGCUGGUCGCACACUAUUACUAGCCAUAUAUUACGAUAC